ACUGUUGACGCAUGCGUAGUAACUCAGUUGAAACUAGUAGGGCUAGUCAAACAACUGAGAAGCUACUUGUACUAUACAAACAAACGAUCGCUAUAUCAAGGAGCACAUUUGGUUACAAAUUCUAUUGACGGAGAGAGAAAAAAAGCAAGCCUGACCAGCAACGAUGAACUUUUUUGGUUUUGGCCAAAGUGCGGACGUCGAUAUAGUUCUCAAUGAUGCCGAAACAAGGAAGAAAGCGGAGCAUAAAAGCGAGGACGGCAAGAAGGAUAAAUAUUUCCUCUUCUACGACGGCGAGACGGUGUCGGGCAAGGUCAACGUCAACCUCAAAUACCCUGGCAAGAGGCUGGAGCACAACGGAAUCAAGAUUGAGUUUGUUGGCCAGAUAGAGCUCUACUACGACAGGGGAAACCACCACGAGUUUGUGUCCCUGGUGAAAGACUUGGCACGGCCAGGGGAGCUCACGCAGUCGCAGACAUUUGACUUUGAGUUCACGCAUGUGGAAAAGCCCUAUGAGGCUUACACUGGGCAGAAUGUCAAAUUACGCUAUUUCCUCAGAGCCACAGUAGGCCGCAGACUGAGCGACAUCAUCAAAGAGGUGGACAUUGUGGUCCACACGCUCAGCACUUACCCCGACAUCAACUCCUCCAUCAAGAUGGAAGUCGGCAUCGAGGACUGUCUACACAUCGAAUUUGAGUACAACAAAUCCAAGUAUCACCUAAAAGAUGUCAUUGUCGGCAAGAUUUACUUUUUGCUUGUGCGAAUUAAAAUCAAGCAUAUGGAGAUUGACAUCAUCAAGCGGGAAACAACUGGCACCGGGCCCAAUGUCUACCACGAGAACGAUACCAUCGCCAAGUACGAAAUCAUGGACGGCGCGCCGGUCCGAGGAGAGUCCAUCCCCAUCAGGCUGUUCCUAGCAGGCUAUGAGAUAACGCCCACCAUGAGGGACGUCAACAAGAAGUUUUCAGUCCGCUACUACCUCAACUUGGUCCUCAUCGAUGAGGAGGAGAGGCGCUAUUUCAAACAGCAGGAAAUAACCCUGUGGAGGAAGAGCGAUGUUGCAAGGAAGAGCAUGUCUCAUCAAGCCAUCCUCGCCUCCCAACGAUUCGAAAGCUCCUCCAACGCAGAGAAAAGCCAGGCUGAUGAAAAGGACGACUAAAAAGCCCACCCCUCACUGCCGCAGCAAGUUGUGAAUUUGAAAAUAUUUUUUUGUGCGUAGGGAAUGAAUGCGCUCUACUCAAAUUGUACUUGCAAGUGAUUGUAUUCCUUUUGAAAAGCAGCCACCAAAUGAGCUUUAUUUUCAUUUUCCUGACAAAACAAAUGACAGUGUUUACUUUGGUUCGUGCGACUUAAAUCUAUGGUGGGUUGUCGUCAACCUGUUGGUGCACUUGAAGAUACAGUCAUUUGCAAACACAAUGUCCCUAACAUGACCUUGAAUUCUUGCCAGCUGCAGCAGUGAUCAACUCCUAUAAAUCUCACAUUUAUCAAUGAAUCAUUUAAUUGCUGCCUUGGAAGCCAAGCCAACUUUUAUCGGCUUGAAGUUCAAGAGAAAAUGAACUGAAGACGAGAGAACUGAACAUUUUCAUACAUUCCACCAGAAAAGACUAUUUAUUUUUUUAAUAGCAUCAGAUAGAUAUGCUGAAUGCCUUACCUAGUGUAGAUGUCACUUUUGAUGUGACGCUUUUAAGUUGAAGGAAAAUACACAAUUGACAGUAAAGUCAUCCAAAAUUAUUUUUUGACAGAAAUAUUUUAUUCUAAUGAAAUAGUGAUGAUGCAGCGGGGUGCAAAAGUAGGUAAACAAAAAGAAAAAAAGAGGGGGGGAAAAACACGUCUACUUUUGCACCUCCUUGUAUAAAGAAUAAAAUUUACUGUAUAAAAUAUGUUCAAGGGUACACUGUAUUAAAAGCCUUGUGGAUCAGAAAUAUUCUAUAUUUACUUUACUUUUUUUCUGCUUUAUCUGACCAAAUGACGAAUCAUGUAAUUAAAGAAAUUGUCUGCUAUCAAAAAUGAAAA